AUGGGCGCAUCUCAGUCACAACCCGCCGCCGCCCCACCUUCAGCCUCUGCCUCUCUCAGGGAGAAGAGCGCCGCUGCCCACUCCUCGUCCACCCCUCCCUCCUCUGCCACCACUCGCCACCACUCUGCUGACCGACGUCUCAAGAUCGAUGCCGAGGCACAGGCAGGCCAUCUCAGCCAUCGACCCGCAUCAAAUGCCCUCGCCAUCUCUGGCAUGAAGCAAUGGGAGAAGAAGAUUCAGGACGACCCCGUCUCUCGAUUGGCCCAGCUCACUCUGCACAAUGCAAGCGCCAACGCCUCUCUGCACCGCCGCAAGGCCGAAGUAGUCGAGACAUUCGUCUUCAACACUGCUCUGGACCUAGAAGUCUCGCCCGUGUCCAACCAGAUGUCCAGUGGUCGAUGCUGGCUCUUUGCGACUAUGAACUGCGUUCGGCUAGAGAUGAUCAAAACGCUUGGCGUGCAGGAGUUCGAAUUGAGCAAGUCCUACCUGCACUUCUUUGACAAGCUGGAAAAGGCCAACUACUUCCUCGAGCAGAUUCUGGACCUGUACGACGACGAGAUUGACUCGAGGAUCGUUGGCUACCUCAAGGGCGAUCCCGUUGGUGAUGGCGGACAGUUCUCAAUGGUCGCCAACCUCUUGAUCAAGUACGGAGUUGUUCCGAUGGACGUCUACCCAGAGUCAUUCAACACAUCGAGGACUUCUGGUAUCAACGAGCUCAUCACACGCAAGCUCCGAGAGCACGCCCUCAUCCUGCGAAGCCUCAAGCGCGAGACUGUUGCUAAGCUGUCCAACACUCUCGCUCCCGCUCAAGCAGAAGCUGCUGCUGACAAGAUUUGCCGCCAGCGCAAGGAUGCCAUGAUGGAGGAAAUCUACCGCGUCUUGGUCAUCAUGGACGGCAAUCCUCCCAAGCCAGACGAGCCUUUCACCUAUGAAUACCGUGACACAAAGAACCAGUUCAAGUCAAUCACAAUGACUCCUAUUGAGUUCCUUGCCAAGUUCGCCCCCGGUUUCAAGCCACUGGAGCAAGUCUCCCUCGUCAAUGACCCUCGAAGGCAGUACGACGUGUCCAUGACCGUCAGCCGGCUAGGCAAUGUACACGGCGAGUCUCCCGUCUUCUACGUCAAUGCCCACAUCGAUGCCAUGAAGCAGGCCACCAUCGCUCAGCUCAAGGGCGGCCACCCAGUCUGGUUCGGUUGCGAUGUGGGCCAAGCCAGCGACACCUCUCGAGGUAUCCUCGACGUGGACCUCUUUGACUAUGAAGCUGCCUUUGGUUUCAAGUUCGGUAUGAACAAAGCACAGCGCAUCGAUACAGGGGAGAGUAGCGCAACACACGCAAUGGUCAUCGUUGCCGUGCACCUCGACUCGGCAGGCAAGCCAAUCCGAUGGAAGAUUCUCAACUCUUGGGGACCAGAUGCCGGACAUAAAGGAUACCUCGUCAUGAGUGAUGAGUGGUUUAGCGAGUAUGUACUAGAGACGGUUAUUAGAAAGGACUAUUGUGAGGAGAAGCACUGGAAGCUGCACGUCGAAGGGAUUAACAAGGCGACGCAUGUACUGCCUCCUUGGGACCCAUUCGGAGCACUCGCCUGA